AUGGCAAAGGAAGAAGACGACGACAAUUUGCCCGAUAAGGAUGCAGCUAAGGAGUUCUAUGCAAAAUAUGAGCCAAAAGAAAUUAUUGGGAGAGGUAUAAGUUCAACUGUUAGAAGAUGUGUAGAAAAGGAAACGGGCAAAGAGUAUGCAGCAAAAAUUAUAGAUCUCAGCCAAGAGUCUCAAGAUGGAGUGGAUACUCAUAUAAUGCGGGAUGCCACUCGACAGGAAAUCAGCAUACUGAGGAUGGUUGCUGGACAUCCAUAUAUUAUUGAACUCCAAGAUGUAUUUGAAUCGGAAACAUUUAUAUUCUUGGUAUUUGAGUUGUGCAAGAAUGGAGAACUUUUUGACUACCUUACUUCAGUUGUGACCCUAUCUGAGAAAAAAACUAGAUAUAUUAUGAGGCAAGUGUUGGAAGGCGUAAGAUUUAUCCACAGCAAAAGCAUUGUACAUCGCGACCUCAAACCCGAGAACAUUUUACUGGACGACCAGCUUAAUGUAAAGAUCACGGACUUCGGUUUUGCCAAGGUGCUGAAAGAUGGAGAAAAGUUGUUCGAACUAUGCGGGACACCGGGUUAUUUGGCGCCCGAAACACUUAAGGCGAAUAUGUUCGACGACGCGCCCGGCUAUGGGAAGGAAGUUGACAUUUGGGCGUGCGGCGUUAUUAUGUUCACAUUAUUGGUAGGGUGUCCGCCAUUUUGGCAUCGCAAGCAAAUGGUGAUGUUGCGUAAUAUAAUGGAAGGGAAGUACUCCUUCACCAGUCCCGAAUGGGCUGAUAUAUCAGAAGAUCCAAAGGAUCUGAUAAGACGACUGCUAGUCGUCGAACCGAUCGAAAGAAUCCCUUUAGAGCACGCUUUGCUACAUCCAUUCUUCCAUACAGUGCUGUGGGACCAAGACAUGACACCAAUCAAGAAGUCCUUCUCCGGCACCAGCCGCAAAAUGUCCAGGAUCGACCAACUGGCAAUGGCAAUAAAGUCGGGCGGUUUCAACGCGCGGGCGAAGUUGCGCAUAGCGCUGGUGACGGUGCGCGCGGCGGUGCGCCUGCGCCACCUGCCGCACACCGCCACGCACGCCAUCGCGCUGUGCGACGCUAUGGUCGACCCAUACACCAUGCGCGCCUUGAGGAAGGUGAUCGACGGUUGCGCAUUUCGCGUAUACGGUCAUUGGGUUAAGAAGGGCGAAGGGCAGAAUCCCACUGAACGUACGAUGAGCUAUCUCCUCGCCGCAUCUGCUGCCCUGAUACUUUGGGGUACCAGGAUAGCAGCAUCACAGAAGACGCGGGUCAAGAUCCCAGACGAACAAACGUGUGACUGUAGGUUAGUCGUAGUAUGGCCUCGUAUACUACUUGUCCUCACUCUGAUUUCCUAUACACUUGAGGACCAAAUA